CCUGCGCCGUUACGUCACCUUCGCGCGACAGGCCUGGCGGUUCUCUUCGUAGUGUGUUUCGGAGCCUCCUGGAGGGUCCGCGUGAUUUUCCGCGGUGUUAGUACAGUCCCAGGAAGGGGCUGGUGGAGUCCAAGGGCUUAUCUUGAGGCCGGAGUGUCUCGGCGGACCCUCGGGGUUCACCGGAGACGUAAGGCAGAGUCACUUUAAGUAUUUCUAACACCAAUUUCAAACUACUUAUCCUUGGAUAACAGUCCAGUUAUAUUAAAGUAUGGCUGGUUAUAAGCCUGUAUCGAUCCAGACAUAUCCUAUACUUGGUGAAAAAAUCACCCAAGAUACACUGUACUGGAAUAACUAUAAGACCCCUGUUCAGAUCAAGGAGUUUGGUGCAGUGUCAAAAGUAGACUUUUCUCCACAGCCUCCAUAUAAUUAUGCUGUCACAGCUUCUUCAAGGAUUCACAUUUAUGGCCGAUACUCCCAAGAACCUAUAAAAACCUUUUCACGGUUUAAAGACACGGCGUACUGUGCUACUUUUCGACAGGAUGGUAGACUGCUUGUGGCCGGCAGUGAAGAUGGUGGCGUUCAGCUUUUUGAUAUAAGUGGGAGGGCUCCCCUCAGGCAGUUUGAAGGCCAUACUAAAGCAGUACAUACAGUAGAUUUUACAGCUGACAAAUAUCAUGUGGUCUCUGGGGCUGAUGAUUAUACAGUUAAAUUAUGGGAUAUUCCAAACUCCAAGGAAAUUCUGACAUUCAGAGAACAUUCUGAUUAUGUGAGGUGUGGAUGUGCUAGCAAACUGAAUCCAGAUCUCUUUGUAACAGGGUCAUAUGAUCAUACUGUGAAGGUGUUUGAUGCACGAACAAACCAGAGCGUUAUCUCUGUUGAACAUGAGCAGCCAGUGGAGAGUGUCCUGCUUUUUCCUUCUGGAGGUCUUCUGGUAUCAGCAGGAGGUCGUUAUGUUAAAGUCUGGGACAUGCUGAAAGGAGGACAGCUGCUAGUGUCUUUGAAAAAUCAUCAUAAAACUGUGACGUGUUUAUGUCUGAGCAGCUCUGGACAGAGGUUACUCUCUGGCUCACUGGAUAGGAAGGUGAAAGUAUAUAGCACAACUUCCUACAAAGUAGUCCACAGUUUUGAUUAUGCAGCUUCUAUUUUGAGUCUUGCACUUGCACAUGAGGAUGAGACAAUAGUUGUAGGAAUGACCAAUGGAAUACUGAGUGUUAAACAUCGGAAAUCUGAAGCAAAGAAGGAAUCUGUUCCCAGGAGACGAAGGCCUGCGUAUCGAACUUUUAUUAAAGGAAAAAAUUACAUGAAACAGCAGGAUGACAUUUUGAUCAACAAGCCAUCAAAGAAACACCUAGAAUUGUAUGACAGGGAUCUGAAAAACUUCCGGAUCUCUAAAGCACUUGAUAGAGUCCUUGAGCCCAGUUGUACAACAAAGACGCCUGAGAUUACAGUUUCCAUCAUAAAGGAGCUAAAUCGAAGAGGAGUUCUUGCAAAUGCCCUUGCAGGUCGAGAUGAAAAGGAGAUCAGUCGUGUUCUUAAUUUUUUGAUAAGGAAUCUGUCUCAGCCAAGAUUUGCCCCUGUUUUGAUCAAUGCUGCUGAAAUAAUUAUUGAUAUAUAUCUGCCUGUGAUUGGUCAGUCACCUGUAGUUGAUAAGAAGUUUUUGGUACUUCAAGGACUUGUAGAAAAAGAGAUUGAUUACCAAAGAGAACUACUAGAAACCUUGGGGAUGAUGGAUAUGCUUUUUUCUACCAUGAUGAGUAAAGAAAGCACUUCUGUGUUGCAGCAUUCAUCUGAGGGAACUCUAGAGAACAAGAAGAUGAAAUCAUAGUGUCUGCUCACCAAGACACAUAAGAACUCCUAACUUGGAAUAGAAUUGAUGCUUUUAACUAUCAGGAAGAGAAUCUCUUUGAUACAUUUUUUUAAAAUCUAUUUACAGAAGCAAUUUUAUGAAAGGCUGGAAUAACUAUGAUUAGAAAAUAAGAACCUGUUUUAAGGCAUGGUUUUCCAUGUGAUAUUUUGAAUCACUUCAUGGCAUCUUCAGCUUGGAAGGUCUCAGUUGUUUUGGUUAUAGUGUAUGUCCAUCUCGGACAAGUUGAUACUAAUUUUUACACAAGAGAGUUCUGUUUCAGCGUUUGGGUAGGCAUUCAGAAUUUUGGAGGGGGUUUCAACUGGGUGUUCUGACAGAGGAACGGGGCUUUAUUUUUUCUUUAUCCUGGAAAAAUAACAACAAUAACAACAAAACAAACAGCAAGAACAAGUCAAGUCUUUCUUCACUCUAAUCAGUGCCCUUGGGAUCCCCAGGCCCCAGCUGAGCUUGCCUCCCUCUCCUUGAUGUCAUCACUCGUCCCAGGUCACAUGUUCCCCUUCAGCUGGUAUUUUGACUGUUAUCUGUUCCAAGUGUGGCAGAUUAGUGGCCAACUCUGAAUAACUGACACUAGUUGGACAUGUAUUCAGAGUGUGAUGAGGGAGAUUUGAUACCUAAAAAUUGUGCUCUCCAUCCCUUGUUUUCUUUUUAGUUCUGUAAUCUUGUAUGUUUAUCAGAGCAAGGUCUGCAGAUUGACCUUAUGGACCGUGGUUUUCCACUUUCCCUCAACAUGCAGCCUUUCUACUGGGUUUUCAGCUUGCUUCAGGUCAGAGGAAUGACAACAUUUGCUGGUUCCUCAUGAUAAACAGCCUUUCAGCCUUUUUUAUACAUAUGUUUGGAGCUUAUUUUGUAGCCCCCUACCCCUCUGAAAACUAUUUUCUCUGAUCUGUAUUUAGAUUUUUAUUUUUUCUCUAUUCACAUCAUCUUGCGUUUCAGAACCCCAAGCCAGAGUAGCUUGCUUUGGAAAAUAGUUGUAUUUUUUUAAAAAGUUUAAUGUAAAUCACAUUUUUUAUAAAGAGAUCUUAUUUUUCUUCUUGGAUUUCUGAGUUGUAUUAAGUCCUGAUGGAUGGUCACUGGCUUGUGACUCCUAGCAGACUGAUUUUAUAUUUGCUACCCUUUCCGCCUUCCCUCAGUUCCUGUUCCACCUCAAGUAGUUAAUUAUCUGUAAGGAAAUAUGUCUUAGGCUAGUUAAAGGGAGAUUUUAUAAUGGGAACUUCUUAAAAUUUCAGUUCUGUGAAUUCAGAUAUAUUUUUUAAAGCAGAAAAAAUACUCCUAUGUUCUGCUAAGGGCACGUGCUCAAACAUAGGGUCUGGUCUCCCAAAUGAAUUGAUUUAAGCAAUCAUACAGCCCAAUGGGUUAUAAGAAACCAGGAGUUUGCUUCCCUGAGUAAUUAUGAGAUUAGUCAAGGUCAGAAACUGUGUUUUCAUGUUAAGAAGGGCUAAUUUAUUUAAAUAAAUUUUGUAUUUAAAAGCUUUUUUUAAAUUUAACUUCAUAAACAUACUGAUAAUUUGUAUAAUAGUAAAAAUGAAAAGUUGAAAUUCUAU